AUGGACAUAUAUAAAGACUACUGCGUCUCUCUUACAGGAAAAAGUCAACACUCUCCAGAGUUGAGGAUUGUGUUGGUAGGUGGAAGAGAAUUAAACUGGAGCCCCAGUAAAAAGAGUGCGGCUGGCAACGUCAUACUGGAUGAAAGUGUUUUUGAGACCAACAGAAGAACUGCCCAGAGUGUCGUGGGGCAGCAGCAGGUACAUGACAGACAUGUCACUGUGGUCGAUACUCCAGGCUGGUGGUGGCACUACCCACGAGAAAACACCCCACAGCUGGAUCAGAUAGAACUAAAGAACAGUGUCCAUAUGUGUCCACCGGGGCCUCACGCCUUUCUUCUGGUCCUUCCUGUUGAUUUUCGAUUUCCUGAGAUCUACAAGAAAUCACUGGAGGAGCACCUGCAUCUUUUCCCCGAAGGAGUGUUUGAUCACACCAUUGUGCUGUUUACCUCAAAGGGUCCAAUGAGUGGCAAAUCAUUAGAUCAAGUAAUCAGAAGGUGGCCAGCACUCGAGAGGAUUCUCAUACAAUGCGGAAACCGAAAGCACGUUCUCAACAUCAACGACAUGCAGGAUGGCACUCAAGUCAAGGUGCUUUUUAAGAAAAUAGAAGCAAUGGUUGCAAAAAAUGCCGGUUGUCACUUUUCUAUUGAUAGUGCUGAUGGGUAUGCUCUGAGAGAGAAAAUGGACGCAACGGUUGAGCGAGCAUCUAAGAAGUUUAAGGAGGUGCAGACAAAAAGAAGGAAACUGAGAGCCCUGAUUGAAGGUGGCAAGACCCCCCCAACACAUUUAAAAAUGGUGAUGGUUGGAGCACAGGGGUCAGCCAAGAGCUCAGCGGGCAACACCAUUCUGAGGAAAGAUGCGUUUGCCGUUCAUCACAGUAGAACAACAGAGUACUGUGAAAUAAGCCACGGCGUGGUGGCAAACAGGCAGCUCACAGUGGUCGUCCCCGGCUGGUACUACAACCCGCUCCAGGACAUCUGUGAGAUGGAUAAGAUUGAAAUAGAGAACAGCGUGCAUCUCUGCCCUCCCGGACCCCACACAGUGCUCCUGGUGGUCGGCCUGGCAUCAGCAUUCAACGCAUCAUACCAGAGAGCGUUGCAGGAGCACAUGAGUCUGUUCAAUGACGAGGUGUGGAGGCACACCAUAGUGCUGUUCACUAGAGGUGACUGGCUGGGAGUGAAGACCGUGGAGGAGCAUAUAGAGAGCGAGGAGGGUCUGCAGUGGCUCGUGGAGAAGUGUGGGAACAUGUAUCACGUCCUGGACAACACGAAGCACAGCGAUGAAACGCAGGUGACGGAGCUCCUCGAGAAGAUCGAUGAGAUGUGGGCAGGAAACGAAGAUCCUCAUUAUGAAGUGGACCUGGGCCUCGCAGAGCAGAUAGAGGCGAGGAAAGAGGCUCGACUGAAGAUGGCCAAAAGGAUUAGGCAGACCAGCCAAAGACAGGAGAGAAUACUAAGAGAGUUGUUUAAAGGGGAGAGGCACCACAUCACUGACAUGAGGGUUGUACUUGUGGGCAGAAAAGACUCUGGGAAGAGUAUGGUGGGAAACAGGAUCCUUUCUAAAGAGCUAUUUGACUCACCUUGGCUGAAGAAGGAAUUCCAAUAUCAGAGAGGAACCACGACGUGUGUAAAACAUGAAAAUAAUGUGUCUGGACAAAACGUAUCAGUCGUUGAGGCACCAGGCUGGUUUACAGACUCGCCGAUAUCCGAGGGCGAAGUUCUGCGCAGCGUCUCCAUGUGUGCUCCGGGCCCCCACGCUUUCCUCUUAACUGUUCCCCUUUCCAAAGCCUUUACAGAGAGUGACUACCAAGCAGUGGUUGAGGCCUUGAUGCCAUUCGGCGAGCGAGUCUGGAGGCACUGCAUGGUGGUGUUCACCUGGGGAGACUGGCUCAAUAACAGGUGCAUUGAGGAGCACAUCGCCGCAGAAGGCAAAGCCCUCAAUCAGCUUGUGGAAAAGUGCGGGUACAGAUACCAAGCAGCCAGUGGCCGUCGUUCUGCCGUUUUUCCAAUCAAAAAGCUGCUCAAGAAAAUGAGUCACAUGAUAACACGAAACAAGGGCCAGUUCUUCGCUGCUGAAGGCCAGCUGGAGAAAAAGAAGAACCCAAAGCAGACCCGGCAGGAGGAGUGGAACAGCAGAGAGCAGGAGCUAAUAGACCGGAUGUUGAAAGCCGUGGCACAAGAACCCGAGGAACCAGCGCUACCGUCUGUGAAGAUGACAGCGAGCUUCGAUGGUGACUUCAUGCCAAGCAUGAGCGGAGAUGUUCCCUCAGAAGUUCAGUGCACAUUUUGGAGACAUGCUCAGGUGUCUGAAUGGCUGAGCAUUAGAUUUGGGAACUCGGAUGUCACCUCUGGAGUUGGAAGCAUGACUUCCUUCGCCAGUUAUGUGGAAAAGUUGGAUGAAAGCUCUCUGAUGGACAACAAUCAUCCACCUGUGACUAAGUUUUUCCCAGAAAAAGACAAAGUCAAGUUAGACACUCUCCAUGGCAGGGUCUCCUCCGACGUUAUGGAAACCCCACGCAGGCACUCUUUUUAG